AUGGAGACAGAACUGAACGCUCCUGGCGUGAGUGUAUGGGCAGGGAUAUUCAGCGGUGGGCUAAUCGGGCCGUAUUUUUUUAAUGGGCCUGUCAAUGCUGAACAUUACCGAGAAAUGCUUUAUGAAGUGCUUAUUGCACUAGAAAACAAUCCACUAUUUGAAAAUGUCCAGCCGGUUAAGGAUAGGUUGAUAUGGCAACAAGAUGGCGCUCCCCCUCAUUAUGGAGUUAUUGUGAGAGACUUUCUCAAUGAAAACUUCAAUAAAUGGAUUGGCAGACGGGGCACUAUUGAAUGGCCUCCAAGAUCCCCAGAUAUUACGCCCAUGGAUUUUUCAGUCUGGGGUAUUCUCAAAAAUGAGGUUUUAUUCCGUCAAGAUUCGUGA